AUGUCAGGUUGCUCAAACCUGGUUGUACUCUGGCUCAUGAACAACAAACUGAGUGGAGAAAUUCCUGAAGAGCUCGGUUCAAUGCUAAAGCUACAAGAAUUCGGUUUGGGUGGGAACAACCUAACCGGGAGCAUGCCUUCUUUCAUUGGGAACUUUUCUUCACUAAAGGAACUUUAUUUAACCCAAAACAACUUGGGUGGGAGCAUUCCCCAAGUUCUAGGCCACUUGACAAACUUGCAAGUGAUUGACAUUGCAAGUAACAUAUUAUCAGGUACAAUUCCAUCUUCGUUACUCAAUCUCUCUUCCCUCGUUGUGUUUGAAGCUGAAGAGAACCAUAUAGAGGGGACUCUUCCUGCAACCAUAGGCCUUAAACUCCCAAAUCUUGAAUCUUUUAGCAUUUCUUCAAACCAACUUGAGGGGCCAAUUCCUCCGUCAUUAUCGAAUUGCACAAAGCUAGGCUGGCUUCUACUUAAUGAUAAUCGAUUUUCGGGGAAAGUACCUUUUUUGGAGAAGUUGUAUAAGCUAAGUAGGUUUCUAGUUGGUUAUAAUCAGCUUGGAAGUGGAAAACCUGAAGACUUGAGCUUCCUUUGCUCGUUAACUAAUAGCACCAAAUUAGAGUUUGUGGGUGGUGGGUAUAACAAGUUUGGUGGGGUGUUACCUAAAUGCAUACGUAAUUUAUCCACCACUCUCACAGUAUUUGCUCUACGCAAAAAUCAAAUCUCUGGUGAGAUUCCAAAAGAAAUGGGGAAUUUUAUCAAACUGAGAUAUUUGCUUAUGGGUUAUAACCAGCUUUCAGGUGUUAUACCCUCAAAUUUGGAUACUCUACAAGAUGUAGGGAUGUUGCAAUUAAAUGAUAAUAAUCUAGGAGGGACCAUCCCAUCUUCUUUGGGAAAUCUAACCAAGUUGAUUUCUCUAUAUCUUGCUGGAAACCACUUUCACGGGCAAAUUCCUUCACAUCUAUCAAAUUGCCAGUCUCUUAAUCUACUUGACCUGUCUAACAACAAUUUGAGCGGUACCAUACCCCCACAGCUUAUAGGUCUCUCAUCAUUAGUGAUUAUUCUGAAUUUGUCUUGGAACCAUUUGACCGGGGAUCUACCCAUAGAAGUUGGCAACUUGAGAGCCUUGACUGCUUUGGACAUUUCAAACAAUUUGUUGGAAGGUGAAAUCCCAACCGAUUUACGUGAUUGCACUGCAUUGACAUCAAUGAGGAUGGGGGGCAACCUCUUCCACGGCUUCAUUCCUCAAUCAAUCGUAUCAUUAAGAGGCAUUGAAGAAUUAGAUCUUUCACGCAAUAAUUUGUCAGGUCAAAUUCUAGCAUUUUUAGCAGAAUUUCGCUUCUUGAAACUUCUGAAUUUAUCGUACAAUAAUUUUGAAGGCAUGUUGCCACGUGAAGGAGUCUUUAAAAAUGUUACCGGUGCUUCUAUUAUUGGGAACAAUAAGCUCUGUGGUGGACUGCCAGAAUUUCACCUCCCCAACUGCAUCUCCAAAAGCUCUAAGAGUAGAGAGAGAAAUAUAGUGAUAUUGUCUGCUUCUAUUAUUUUCGGAGUUUUUGGAAUAGCUUUUAUAUAUCUUUGUUGGUCGAAGAAGAAAGUAAAUGAACCAAUAUCAAAUUCGAGAAAUGAUUCACAUCCAAACAUGUCGUAUGGAGCACUCCUAAAAGCAACCGACGGUUUUUCUUCAAUGAAUUUGAUUGGUGUUGGGAGCUUCGGUUCUGUUUAUCGGGGGAUACUUGAAGACAAUGGAAUUGUUGUUGCCGUGAAGGUGCUUCAUUUAGUCCAUCAUGGUGCUUUGAAGAGCUUUUUUGUUGAGUGCGAGGCAUUUAAGAACAUUAGACAUCGAUUUCUUUUGAAGAUAUUAGCAGUUUGCUCAGGUAGUGAUUAUCAAGGAAACGAUUUUAAGGCGUUGGUCUAUCAAUUCAUGGAAAACGGAAGCUUGGAGCGGUGGCUACACCCAAAUGCAGCAUCAUCUCUUGGGAACAAGCUCCCAAGAAAUUUGAAUUUCAUUCAGAGGAUAAAUAUCGCUAUUGAUGUUGCUUUCGCAUUGGAUUAUCUUCAUCACCAGUGCCACAUCCCCAUUGUUCAUUGUGAUCUAAAGCCAAUCAAUAUCCUCUUAGAUGCCGAGAUGGUUGCACAUGUUGGUGACUUUGGAUUGAUGAAAUUCCUUCUCGGAUCAUCCAUUGAUACCGUAGCUAAUCAGAUGAGCUCGAUGGGUCUUAGAGGGACAAUUGGUUAUGUUCCACUCGGUACUCUCUCUCUCUCUCUCUCUCUCUCUCUCUCUCCCCCUAUGAAGCUAUGA